AUGUCCGCAGCCGCCCGAGUGUCCGUAGCGCCCCCGGAGCAGCAGGUUGGGGGAGCAGAGACUGGUGGGGGCUCGGGACAGACUCGCUCCCGGGAGUUGGAGGAGACGGGACAGGAGCUGCCGGAGCCCAGCCAGGUGCUGCCGCAGGUGGAUGAAACCGGGGAGAGCAGCGGUAGCCGAGAGGCGGAUCCCCCAGGGCAGGACGAGAAACGGCGGCAGGUGGUGGAGGCCCCCCUGCCUAAGGAAAACCCCUGGAUCAGGAGAAAACCUAUCCCCAACAGCCCGUCCCCGGCAGCAGCGGACACCCAGCUUGUCCUGCAGGACUCAGAACGGCCAAAUUCCACUAAAGUUAUAAAAGCAGGGAAACCGAAGACCAGGAAACCCAGCAAGGCUAGUGACUUCAAUGAUAUCACAAAUUGGCCGACACCAAGUGAAAUAGCAAACAACGAAUGCAAAACCAUAAAUCAUCAGAAUAAAAAGCCACUAAAUAAAAAAGAAAAGGAGGAGAAAACUGAAAAGAGAGCAAGCAGUGAAAUUGAGAACCUGCAAGCAAAGCCUGAUGGUCCUGGAGAAAAUGUCAGUGAAGAUGAGGCUCAGUGUAACAAUCAAAGGAAAAAAGGUAACAAGCAGAAGUGGGUACCACUUCAUUUAGAUGAUGUAAGACCAGAUAGCCAAGAAGGAACAGGCUCUCGAAAUAGUUCAAGAUCUCAGCCAGAAACAAGCAAAUUAGUGCCAUACAACAACAGACGAAACGAGUCAAGAACUUGGCGCCGUGAUAGAGAGAAAAGAGAUGACCAUGAUGAAGUUUCCAGUGUGAGAAGUGAAGGUGGCAGCAUUCGAGGAUUCUUUAGAGGCAGAGGAAGAGGGCGUGGCAGAGGAAGAGGGCGUGGCAGAGGAAACCCUCGAAUGAACUAUGAGUAUUCGUAUGGUUACCAAGAACUAUAUGGUGAAAGGACCAAUCAGCCAUUUCAACCGGAACUUAAUGCUAGUAUGAUGUAUUACUAUGACGAUGGAACAGGAGUACAAAUGUAUUCUGUGGCUGAAACACUGCUCAAAGAAUACAUUAAACGUCAAAUUGAGUAUUAUUUCAGCAUAGAAAAUUUGGAAAGAGACUUUUUUCUGAGGAGAAAGAUGGACCAACAAGGAUUCUUGCCUAUUUCUUUAAUUGCCAGCUUCCAUCGUGUGCAAGCUCUGACUACAAAUGUUAACCUAAUUUUAGAGGCCCUAAAGGAUAGUACAGAAGUGGAAAUAGUGGAUCAGAAGAUGAGAAAAAGGGUAGACCCAGAAAAAUGGCCAAUUCCUGGUCCACCUUCACGGAAUCAGCCACAAACUGACUUCUCUCAGCUCAUCAACUGCCCAGAAUUUAUACCAGGCAAAGCUUUUGGUUCAUAUACUGAGUCUGCACCAAGUUCUCCAAGAAUGGGAAGCCCAAAGAAAAGCACUGAAACAAGUAACCUUCAAACAAUGUCUAAAGGAUUGUCUACGAGCUUGCCAGAUCUGGACUCUGAGCCUUGGAUAGAAGUGAAAAAGAGGCAUCGUCCAUCCCCAGUCAAACUAAAGGAAUCUGUGCAUACACUAGAGCACACACCAAGUCAGCAACAGCAGGCCCCACCUUCACAGGAACAAGAACAAGAAGAGCUUGAUUUUUUGUUUGAUGAGGAGAUGGAACAAAUAGAAGGUCGCAAAAAUACAUUUACUGAUUGGUCAGACAAUGAUUCAGAUUAUGAAAUUGAUGACCACGAUGUAAACAAAAUUUUGAUUGUAACACAGACACCACCUUAUAUGAGAAAACAUCCUGGUGGAGAUCGCACUGGCAACCAUGUGUCUCGUGCAAAAAUUACAUCAGAACUUGCUAAAGCUAUUAAUGAUGGUUUAUACUAUUAUGAACAGGAUUUAUGGAUGGACCAGGGUGAAAAUGAUUCUACAGCCAUAAAGCAAGAGGUUGAAAACUUCAAGAAACUAAAUCUCAUCAGUAAAGAAGAGUUUGACAGUCUUACACCUGAGCCAAACCAGGAAGUUCUUCCAUGGCCUCCAAGGUCACAACAAGAUUUAACAGAUGAGCUAGCUUGCAAAUUGUUUGGUGUUGUAGAAGUACCUCCAACAACAAUGGCUCGUUCACUGCCAACAGCAGUCCCAGAAUCUCCAAGAGUUCAUCCUGCCAGAACACCCAAAACACCUCGUACCCCAAGGUUACAAGAUCCUAACAAAACGCCAAGAUUCUAUCCUGUUGUUAAAGAAACAAGAUCCAUUGAUGUAAAGAUUCCAAGAAAAAGAAAAACACGACAUAGUACAAACCCUCCGCUAGAAUGCCAUGUUGGUUGGGUAAUGGAUUCCAGAGAUCACAGGCCAAGAACAUCAUCUGUGAGCAGUUCAAAUGCUUCACCUUCAGAAGGUGCUCCAAAAGCAGGAAGUUAUGGGUGUACCCCUCACUCACUUCCCAAGUUCCAGCAUCCUUCUCAUGAACUUUUAAAGGAAAAUGGCUUUACACAACAAGUGUACCACAAAUAUCGUCGAAGGUGCCUAGUUGAGAGAAAACGGUUGGGAAUUGGCCAAUCCCAGGAAAUGAACACACUCUUUCGUUUCUGGUCCUUUUUUCUCAGAGAUCACUUUAACAAGAAAAUGUACGAGGAAUUCAGACAGCUUGCUCUAGAUGAUGCAAAAGAACACUACAGGUAUGGAUUGGAAUGCUUGUUUAGAUUUUACAGCUAUGGUUUGGAAAAAAAAUUCAGACAAGAGAUCUUCAAGGAUUUCCAAGAAGAAACAAAAAAAGACUAUGAAUCUGGUCAGCUUUAUGGAUUAGAAAAGUUUUGGGCUUAUCUGAAAUACUCUCAAUCCAAAACUCUACCCAUUGACCCCAAACUGCAGGAAUACCUUUGUAACUUUAAGAGACUGGAGGACUUCAGAGUUGAUCCUCCUCUUAGUGAAAUAUCUGGGAGAAAAAGACCUUCACCUUCAAUAGGUGAGGAGAGUGGUUGUCAUAGACAUCAGCCUACAUCCUCUUCUAAGACUCUAAUUGCUGCUGAAACCACAGCUGACCAUCAGUUUCAGAUCCCAGUAAACUUUCACGAUGGGAAUACUGCGCAGGAAUCAAUUGACAAGUUAGGCCAGAACAGUGCUGCCACAAAAUCAACAGAAGGAUCUCCAUAGUUAGUGUUUUUGUUAGGUGUGGAGUUUUCUAAGUGGACAUCAACUGGUUUAGUUUUAAGGAAGUGUUCAACACUUGUUUUUAUAUGAAUGUGAGCAAAAGUAAAGUAGAAGGGGAAAGUGGGUAUGUUGAUUUAUGUACUGUCCUAAAUUCACUAAAUAUCUGCAGUUUUUGCAGGUUCAUAAAAUAGCAAAUAACAUUCAAAUCAUCCUCAGUUUCAUAGAGGUUCUUGUUUUUUCAUUUCUCUCUAUUUCAUGGUUAUAAAGUGUGCUACGAGAGGUAUAGCAGAUCGAUUUUUUUUUUAAGAUUUUAUUUUAAUUUCAACUCAAAUAUUUAGUUUUACUUUUGAGACAAAUUUAAAAAUUAAAGCACUCAUUCUAAAUUUGUUUUUCUAUUUUAGAAUGUAUGUGAAUGAAGUUAUAAUUUAAAAUUCUGCUAGGUAUAAGACUAAAUGAGAUUUCAACAAACCGGUCAAGACAUUAGUUUCAUUAAAUGUAAACAAUUCAAAUAAACAUUCAUUUCUAGUGUUGGAACAUGAGUAAAAUCACGAGUUUUAUCACCCGUAAUUACUUAUUAACGUCAUUUAUUUUGAUUUAGAAGAUUUAGUAUAACUGAGGAAAUGACUUCUUUCUUAGGUAGGUGGGAAGAUAGGAAUGAGUUCAUUUUUGCUAUACUUGUUAACUGCCAAACCGCCUUCAGUUAACUUUAUAACUAGAAGUAAUGUCUAACACUGAUGCCUUAAUACUGGGAGGUGUCCUAAACGACUCAACAUCCAAAGAAUGAUUUUUAAACUUGUAGUGGAUUUUAGAAGUUGAUGUAACUUCAAGUCCAUUAAAAUUUUUCAGUUAUGUUACCUUGUGAAUCUGAAUGGAACAAUUAUGAACACAUACGCACUUGUAAAUGAGUAUAUAGCAGUGGCCUUCCUAGUAGUUAAAGUAAUUUCAAUACACAAUUGAGCCUUUUAGAAGUAACCUAUUUUCAAAGGAAAAUAGGAACUAACAUAAUAGGAAUUGAUGCAAAUGAACAUUUUAAAUAGCAUCUUUUCAACAUACUAGUCAUACAUCUCAGAGCUGUUUGAUCCAUGCCUCUUUCUAUCCAUGAAAAUGAUGCAAAUGUAAAUUUGGAUUGAAACUGUAUAUACAAGUAAUAGACUUUGAAUAUUUACUUUCACUUUUUAUUGAAUGAAAUGUGUGCAUAUUUAGCAUUCAGUGUGUGUAAUUUGUGCUAUAUCUUUGCAAAUUUUAUAAAAA